CGCGCGAAAGUUGAAGACUGUUGGUGGUUGUUCAAUGGUGCAAUAUGUGAUGAUAUCGAUCCAAGAUUUUUGUUAAAUUUAUUCGUCUAUUUAGAUGACAAGUAUGGAAACAGAAAAGCAAUCAGCAUACUUCCCUUUGAGAAAAAAUAGGAGCCAAGCACAAAAGCCAAAUGCUGUUGUGCCCAUCAAGUUCCCAUCAACGAGAAAUGUACUUUGGGAAAGUAAACCUGUUGGAGAUUUUGAAACCCUGGCACUUAUCUUGGACAAACAAGUUGUGCAGUUGUUCAUUGUUGAGAAGAGCUUGAGAUUGGCGCACAGAUAUGCUGAAGACAAACGUCUGACAAGUUUUCUUUUGGGUUCAAUUUACCCAAAGUCAAGUGAAGGUGGAAUUUGCUUUGGAGUGGAUAGAUUUGAUCCAGGCAGGGAAAUCAAAGAACUAGUAGGGGAGAAUGUAGCAAAAUCCAAAGUGCCUACAGCUGUUGUACCUGGAGAUCAUAUCAUACCAAUAACAGUUAAGAAUGAAAUACAAAUCUCAGAUGAUUCCAUCAGCCAUACAAGAGAUGAAUUUGCCCAAGCAAUCCAGGUUAUGGAGGGUAAAAUUUGUGGCAAAGACAUGAUGACUUUAUCACAUCUAGUAUCGUUGAAGGCAAAUCUCUACUGUUGCAGGGAACAAGACGAACUUAUCAUAAACCUACACUGUGGUGCGAUAGUACCUGAUUCAAAAAUUCAGGCACGACCAAUUGCACCUCUCCCCAUAAUCCAAACGACCUUGGCACGAAAUUUAGCCGGACCACUGAGACUAAGCGAUGUCGAAGGGACUCCUAAAAUGGGAUAUGUGACGAUGGAUCAAACAAGAAAGUUGUUGUUGCUACUUGAAUCCGAUCCUAAAAUCUAUAAUCUUCCUUUGAUUGGGAUAUGGGUUUCAGGAGUACAGAAUGUUCAUCAUUCUUAUGUCUGGGCUGCCUGCCUCCGAUAUUUGAAUUGCAAAGAGAUCAAGGAAAGGGUGUUGCAUUCCUGUGGUAGCUUUCUCCUACUUCAUUACUCUAUUAUGCAAAAAAUACCUGAUUUCUGGGAAUGUUUUUCAGAUAAUGAAGAAAAGUUGGAUUUUGAGCUUCUCACCUGCAAGGAAAAUCUACAUAUAGAUCUAGAUGAUUGUAUCUCUAAAGACCCACUGUGUUUUCAUCUUUCUCUUUGUUCUAAUGGAAUGAAUAAAGUCUUGUUUGAUGAAGCAAUUACGGAGUGGAAAGAAGAUAGAAAUAUCUUGAAAGACGUUGAACAGAAUAAAGAAGUCGAUCUCAACAACAGUUCUUCAAAUUCAUCUGUUAAAAACGACGAGAGUCCACGACCCUCUCCUUCGCCUCGUCCCAGUCCUACUCAGGUGAAAACACCGAAUACUCCUGCUCCAGAAGAAUCUUUGUCCCUGAGUUUUGACGAGGGGUCAAAUAACUCCGGCGGGAAUAAAAAUUCUCAACGAACAAAAGGAAACAGUGCGCAGCUAGCGCCACGUUUUAAGCAAACGCCGAACGCCACGAAACCGAUGUUAAACAACUCUAGCAGUUACAAAAUUUCUAGACAACCAUUCAAACAAGUUACACCUAAGAAUCAAGGCAACGAUCGUAUGAACAGUGCUAAGCCAAUUGGGACCGCUACAAGUCAAGUAAAUAGAAAAAAUGAAGACAAAGAAAACACUCCAUUAACAUCAAAAAAUGUUCUUCGUGCGGGUACAGGAAAAACGUCUGGGCUUCACAGAUUUAAAGAUACCCAAAGACAAUCUAUCGGUGAUCACAAAGGAAAAACAUCUGCUCAAAAGUCCUCUAAUCCUAGAAUACCAGGAGAUUUCACUCAGGUUUUAACAAGAAAACGAUACUAUAGUGAUGAUGCACAGUCAUUUAUGCCUCAAUUGCCAGAGGACUCUCAUCGAUCACGAACAAACUCUCUUUCAUCUCUUGCUCUGUCUGAUGUCGACAACGAUGUCUCUUUAGAUUCUUCAGAAGUAAAAUGUCCACCAUCUCCAAGUAAUCUAGAUGCACCUCGUGAUGCCCCUUCCUACUCAUAUGUGGAUACAAAGGAAACUCCAGAGAGCCAUUUCUGCAAUGAUUAUAACCACAAACACUCCCUUGGAAAUGAUCACAUGAGAAACGAAAGCAAUGUAGUUGCUUGCCAGAACUCACCGAAAAUUUCUAACAAUAUGCAACGUGUUUUGCCGUCGCAGUCUGGUCAAAGACCGCGAACUAAUUGUGCUGAAGAUUGUCAACCAACUGACAAAGAUGCUCGUCAUCAAGCUUUCAGUGAUGAAUCAAUUCAACCAUGCAACAACCAUGAUACAACUCAAAGACGAAUCUCUGAUGUCAGAAAGAAUGUAGAUGGUGUAUCAAAAGACCUCAUUCAAAGGCGAAGUUCCAACCAAUUAGACAGUCAAUCAAACCAAGAAUUACGUCAUGUCAACAAUGUUGUCAAUCAACAAGUCAUGUUCUCCAAAUCGGAUGAUACAUCGAACACACAUUCGGACAGAAAUUUUCAGUAUCCUAAUGGUCAACCUGAUCGGACGAAAUAUGAUCACACGACACCGUCCCUCCUCUUACAUCCUGGUGUUCAACGAAGUUCUGACGACACACGCAAGAACACCGCAGGAGAGGAAACGUCAGCUAUACAUCGAGACUCGUUGCCGCAAAGAUCUUCAGAUAUAAAUUCAGAAAAUUUUACUCAACAGCAAUCUCCCAACAAAUGCCAAAAUGAUACGCACCCAUCGAGGACUGUUUCUUCUCAACUUGUGAAUGCUGACAAAAGUGGUAAACAACAAAAUGAGAAUGUCUUAAGUAAUAAAGAACUGGAAGAUCAAGUGAAAAGACAGGAAGAAAUGAUCAGAGUGUUGCAAGAACAGGUUCGUUCGUUGUUAAGGAUGAAAGAAGUGAUUUCUUCCGAGAACGAUAGCGCUUUACUUCCUUUAACUCCAGCUUCUACGCCAGUCUCUGCCAAUGAAAGUAUUUCCAAUCCAGCAUCCCAUGAAAGACGAGAAUCUUCUCAAGCGGUGCAAGAACCUGAAAGAGUUACCAUAGGUGUAAACACUGGUGCUAGUCUGUUAUGGGAGUGUCCUAAAGAUAGUACCAGUUCUUUUGAGAAAUGCAGUGGUAGCAGUGAUAAUGAAAGGCCAGUAUCAGACGAAGAUAAACAAUGCGUUGGGGAUAAGGUUGAACCAUCGAAACAACCUGACGUCUUCCCUACUCCUGAGAAAACAGAAAGUUUCAUAAAUUUGUCUCAAGUCGAUGUUGAACUGGACUCCACUUGUUGUAGUUCAACUCCGGAAAUCAGUGAUGUGUUCUCUCCUUGUAUAAAUAGCGGUGAAGGCGGUACUACCAACCACACAAUGUCACAGACAGACGAGCUAGCGAUUGGAAACGAUCUUCCCGUCAAAGGGCGAGAGUUUUACGAGAAAAUGUUGUGUCAGGUAAGAGAUCUAUUAUCUGAACAAGUGACAAAUGUCAUACAAGAGGAAACGGCAGUGAAAGAAGCGCACUCCUCGCGGUCCCCCAAUGUCCCCACGGCAGAAGUUGUUGUGAAAGCCACUUUAAGACAACUUGAGAAAAUCAAGCAUUCCGGGCAAGAUGAAACUCGGCAAUCACGGACAAGUUUGCAAGUUGAGUCGUCCAGUGUAUUUUCAAGCCGCCAAAGAUCCUUGUCCACCAGUUUUACCCCUGAACAUCCAAGACUGAAUUACGUUUCAAUGUCUGUCGACGAUACCUUUGAUGAGGUCACUUGUAUUGAUAAGGUUGCUCUAAAGUAUCUUUCUGAUGAAGAACUAAAACAGUUUCAAAGCGAACUCCGUCCAUCUGGUUCUGCGGCUGUGAAAAGGUCCUACACUCGAUCUGUUCGCUUUGGUAGUUUACCAAGUGAUCAAGAACCCAGGUCACUCGCAAGACGAGGCUUACGUGAAGUUGAUUUUACGUGGAAUAAUUUAUCAUUUUGUACGAAAAAUUAUUUGGCUAAAUAUAAUCUUGUUGAAGAGCAUGUUUCUUUCGCUGGACAGGAAGAUGAUAAGCGUGUGUCUCAAUCAGAAGUGGCUGUUUCCGCAACAGGCGCGUCUGUUCAGCCAUGCAAACCGCCUUUCUCCUCGCCUGUUCGUCACCAUUCUGAAGGAUCCAGUCAUAUAUUGGACAUUAAAAGACUAAAAAACCUACCUAAAUUAUUUUGAUAUUCUCAAUUUCAGUCAGAUUUGUAA